UUUAAAGAAACCGGAAUAUCUCAUUAAAUAUAAGAUAUUUUCCGUCCAAACUUCAUAUGGGCAUCAUGGAAAACAACGGCGUGGGCAAGCUGACCGAAGCCUCUCUGAAGCGCAAGGAGCGCCUGCAAAAACUGCGGGAACAAGCGCAGAAUAAAGGAGGAGACUCGUCCGAAUCCAAUGAAAAGUUACCCAAACCCAUCUUUCGGAGCUACAAACCGCAGAAUGAGAACACCACCGGCGAAGUUCUGAGCCAGGAGCCCACGGGGAACAUAGAAGCCGCUGUGGAGGACCAACUGAGCCUCCUGCAGCAGCCCAUGGUGAUCGACGAGAUAGAUAUAACCAACCUGGCGCCAAGGAAGCCCGACUGGGAUCUCAAGCGGGAUGCCAGCAAGAAGUUGGAGCGACUGGAGCGACGCACCCAAAAGGCAAUUGCAGAACUCAUCCGGGAGCGGCUGAAACUAAAUCAGAUCGAGGACAUUAGCCAGGCGGUCAAUGUGGCCACUGCCCACGCGGGUGAAACAGUGCAGGAGGAUUAUGACUAGAGAACUUUACUGAACUGGUACAAAAAAGAAAAACAGAAAUGCAUUAACAAUAAGCU